CUCCGGUUCAGUCUGCAGGAAACUAAAAGAAGUCGGAGCAGUAAAUACGUGUCCAAUUCAACAUUUCAGCACGCAGCCCUCCAGACCGGACACUGCGGCGUGACAUAGCUACAGAUUUUCUGCAUCCGUUUGUGCGGGGUGCACAGCCGGCCAGCCUGUCAGCUGAGUAGUGAAGCGAGCACUCGCAUAUCAACGAAUAUGGUGGACUCCACGUUGGAUCAAGUGGGAAAAAAUCUGAGUGAAGCCAUGAGGUUCCUGGGAGAGGAACAGAGAGAGCCGGAGGCAGCAACAGAGAGACAGCAUUUCAGCAGAAGCUGCAUCCCUGGACCCCUUCAGGGAGAUGGUCAGGAUGUUGCCACUGUACUGCGCCUGGUUCAUAACCUUAUUCAUGAAGAGGAGGAUGAAGAAGAUAAACCCAGUCAGAACAGGAUGCAGAAUGUGGGUGAACACGGUCAGAUGGCAUUGCUGGGUCACAGCCUGGCAGCCUACAUCUCAAUGAUGGACAAAGAACAACUGCGAAAGCUGACCACUCGGAUCCAGUCUGACACCACCCUGUGGCUCUGCAGGCUCUUCAGGUAUGAGAAUGGGUCUACCUGCUUUCAUGAGGAUGACAGGGAUGGCCUUGUAAAAGUGUGCCGGCUCGUUAUCAACGCUCGCUAUGAAGAAUAUGCCACUGAGGGUUAUGUGGUCCUAAACACCAGGCAGCCAGUCAUCUAUCAGAGUGCCUCCUGCAGGCCUGGUCUCGGACAGCAUCUGUGCAGCCAGCUUGGCCUGCCUCUCUCCAGUUUGUGCACAGUGCCAUGCAACACCCUCUUUGGAUCCCAACACCAAAUGGAUGUUGCCCUGUUGGAAAAACUCAUCAAAGAGGACAUAAAUGCAGGGAAGCUUCCUUUGUUGCUGAUUGCCAAUGCAGGUACCCCUGGAGCAGGGCACACAGACAAGUUAGGUCGACUGAAGGAACUGUGUGAUCAGUACAACAUGUGGCUUCAUGUAGAGGGGGUUAAUCUGGCGACCCUAGCACUGGGUCAGGUCACCUCUUCUAUCAUGGCAGCCACCAGAAGUGACAGUAUGACACUGACACCAGGUCCGUGGCUAGGACUGCCGGCUGUGACUGCUGUCACCCUCUACAGACAUGAAGACCCUGCACUGUCUCUGGCAGCAGGUUUAACUUCCAGCCACCCUGUGGAGAAGCUACGGGCACUGCCUCUCUGGCUGUCCCUACAGUACCUUGGUCACAAUGGAAUUGUUCAGAAGAUAAAACAUGCUACUACUCUGAGCCAGCUGUUCCUUCAGAAAGUACAAUCUCUAACCUGUAUCAAAACAUUGGUUGAGGAUGAAUCAGACUCUCCUGUGGUGCUAUUCAAAUUUAACCAAGAAGAAAAUACUGCAUCCAGUGAGAGUUUCUGUGCUGGAGAAAAAGAGGUCCUUGAUGCCUUCAACAGAUGGCUGGGUGAAGAGCUGGCUGAACUUGUUCCCACCAGUGGAAUAGAUGUGGUGGAGCUUGAAGACGAGGCCACCUGCGUACGCUUCAGCCCCCUCCUGACAGCUGCAGUUCUGGGGACCCGGGAAGAGGAUGUUGAGUCCAUUGUGGAGAAAAUGACAGAGCUGGUAUUUGUAAUGAGCUCCACAAUGUCCCUCAGAGAAGACUUCAGAGAGGAAACACAUAAACGUUCACCCUCACUCAGAUACAUAAACGAGUUCGCCUGGCCUGGACUGGGAGUUGUCCGGUAUGAGAUGCAGGCUAAUGGAAUGGAUGAGGACAGGAAGAAGCAGGAGCAGGAGAAAAUUAACACUGAGCUACUCAAGAAACUGCAAGACCUUGACACUGACAUCCUGUUUUCCACUGGCCCUGAGUUCGUGACAGAGCAGGGCUGCAUUUUUGUGGGAAUGGUGACAGAUGAUGUUGAUGUUUCAGACCUGGUGGAUACAAUAGCUGCCCUGGGCAGGGACAUAGAGGAGAGCGGGAAGUUGCUGCAGAACAUGACAGAGGUGGUGAGGAAAGGCAUCCUGGAGGCAGAGCUGCAGCUGCAAAAGGCUAAUGAGGAGAAACUCGUGGAGGAGGGAAUGCUGAGACAGCUUCCUGUGGUUGGCUCUGUGUUAAACUGGUUCUCUCCAAUCCAAAGCUCCAUAAAGGGACGGACAUUCAGUCUUGCAGCAGGUUCUCUGGAUUCCACAGAAGUGACUUACUCCACAAAAGCCCAAGCUGACAGGCCAUCCCUGCAGGACACUCCCAUUUCUUCAUCAAAGAAACUGCCAGCUUUCUUGCUCAAGUUUAAGGUCAGAAGUUAUUUCGACGUGCAGGUGCGAGCACAGAUUCGACUGAAACCAGCUGCACACAGGCUGAGGCAACAUUCCAGGAGGAAAAUCCUACUGGGAUCGGCAGCAGCAUCAACCCUCCGAUCUCUCCACCUACACCAGAGGCGCCACAUCACACCUCAGGCGAUUUGGUACCAGAGAAAAACCUGAAGUCGUCUUCUGAGAUCGAUGACUUGGAAGCCUCAGAAGAGAUGCACCCUGAAGGCCAAGAGGCAGAAGAGAGCACAAGAUAGGAUGACUGUUUCUGCUGGUUUUCUAACCAUCUUAGAGCAACUAGCCUAAAAGAUGCUUUAAAAAAAGUUACUGUGUAAAAUGUAAAUAAAAACAGAAUGCAAUGAUUUGCAAAUCUCAAACUCAGAACACAGAAAACAUGUCAAAUGUUUGAACUGAGAAUAUAUAAUUUUAAGAAAAAUGCUAGCUCAUUUUAAAUGUAAUGGCAGCAACGUGUGUCAAGCUGAGAUAGGGCAACAAAAGUCUGGAAAAGUGACACAAAGCAGGACAACUUGCAACUGCAGUAAUUAACUGACAACAAUUCAGUAGCAUGACUGGGUAUGAAAAGAGCUUCUUAGAUUGACAAAGUUUCUCUGAAGUAAACAUGGACAGAGGUUCACCAAUCUGCAAAAACCAGCUUUAUUCUAAAAUUAUGGAGCAAUUUGAGAACAUCUCUGUGGCUAGCAUUCCAAACAGUUCAGAACAAAAUACAGCAAAGACAACCCCAGGACUGUUGAGCAGAUACUCUUCUUUCAGACAAGAAUAGGGCAGCUCUCGUCUCCCAAAGGUCAAGCCUCCUCGUUUCCCAGACAUUUACAGAUUGUUAAAAGAAGCUGGGAUGCUACUCAGUAUGAACCUAUGCCAAAUUCCAAGUUAUGUUGCUGUCAUCAAAUUCAAAAUGACUGUUGAAUGUUUUCCAUCAGAUGUAGGUGCAUUAAAUUGUGAUCAGCUGAGGCAGUCAUCAGUGCUACCUGUCAGUUGAUUAUAACGUUUUAGUGUAGAUUUUUCUAUCAAACGGGGGAUGGGCUGAAGUUUGUCAGCUGAUUCAUCUGGUGUUGGAUUACAGAGCAGAGGAGCAGCCAUAUUAUAGAUUUCUUUUCAGAUUUUAAAUAAAAUAUUUAUUAGAACUCUGGAAAUGAAGCAGCUUAAAGUUAGUUUUGACCCCCUUACUGUGAAUGGUUGAAGCAAAUUUGCCUUCAAACAUUCAUGUGCGCAUUAACAUACAGUAAGAGUCAAUUUGAAUUUUACAACAAUAAACAAUCUUUUCUAUAGAAACAUUUCCCUAUUAACAAACACAGUGCACAUUAGCCAGAGCUGUGUAAAGCAGAAUCUGAUUAUGGGACAUGUGAGAUGUUCCCGUUUUUAUUCACAAAAUGUACUUUUGACUCAUCUCUUACCACAAGGGGUUGCUACAGAGCGAUUUAUGCCAGAUGCCUUUCCUGACUCAGUCUCAAAGGGUAUAUGUGUGUCCAGCUGGAAUUGAACCAGCAAACUUUCACUUGCCAAGCAAAAGUGUAAACACUACACUAGAAAACUACUUUUUACACAAUAAUUGAACCUGAGCAAAAAGUGGGCUUCUGCCACAGAGAAGCUUUGCCUCAGGUAUUCACUGUAUGAGGGAGAAUACUCUUUUCUCCAAAAUAUUAUCCUUAAAAUGUAAGUACUAUAUCAGAGGGACAAUCGGGGUUAGGGUGCUUUGUUUUUUCAGUUUCACCGGUUGCCUGUAUCUUAUGUCUUACUCGUACUUACAGGCUAUGUGAACAUACUGUAUGCAUUUUCUACUACUUACAAAAUGGAUUGUUUUCCUUGACUCUAAAGUAGCGCAUCAAAUAAUCAUUUAUGAAGAGGUUUUGUGUUUUAUUAUUUUAUUAUUAAAAUUAGGUGACAGGAGAGGAAAUGGUUAUUUUUUCCAGCUAUUACUUCGGGGACACGUUUUUAAAUGAAUUGUACAAAAAUAAUUUACUAAGGUUUAUGGUAGACGCACUAUUGAUGCUUUAUUGAAACAGAAAUUUAGCUAAUGUCACAACACUAAUCUUCAACCCUACCAAUAUAAAACGACAUAAAUCACUGGCAAACAUGACAUGGUGGUUUUGCCUCUGCAAGAACAAAAGUCAAAACCCUAAAUUUAGCUGGAUGUUUUCUUAGUUGCUUUGAGCCAGGUGCUGGUGGAAGGUUUACUGUAAAGAGUAAAGAAUGGUUGGAAUGAAGUUUAAAAACUAAUUGCACUUAUACUUUAGACAAUUAUUGUUCUGCUGCUUUGCAUUUAAAUGAAAUGAAGAUUAAUUUUAUUGUUUUUGUUUUGGGUUUUUUGUUACAAUUCUAAUGCAAAAAUAAGUUUCUAUAUUGAAAAAAGUCUUGAAAACUUGAUGUGAAUACAUCACCGUCUAGAUGUUUAAUGUGUUUGGAAUCUUUUUCGUUUGUUCUUGUUGGUGUUUUUAAGCACAGAAAUUCUUUUGUUGUAACUUCUGUCACCACAUGUCCAGGGUUCGGGUAAUUUCUGAUUAACUGUGUCUGAUUUUUAGUCUUUCUUUGUUCAGUUGGGAGUUGAUCAUUAAACGCAGCAGUCAUGUUAA